AUGACGAGCACCCAACGACCGCUCUCCUCCAUGUAUGCCGCUUCAGCAAUCCGCUUCAAAGACCCGUUCGCCGUCUCCAAGGACCUCACGCCGCCCAAGAACCACCACACGGCCUACGAAAAGUCACGUCCAGCGUGGCCUGCCCAAUCCCGCUACCAGGACGUUGGCAGUCCUCUCACACCUCCGCCUGAGAUGAGCGGCGUGUCUCAGGCUCCCAAACCCAACGACUUCCCUAGGGAACACGGCCACCACUAUGGGGACUUGAUGCCAGCACAGCAAGCGUACAGAGCUCCUGUAGCUCCAUACCUACCGCAAGAGGCCACCAACGCGGACUUUGGCCGCCAUGGCCUCGUUCCCCCAACCAACGGCCGCGUCUCACCUGUUCGACAAGCAGCGAUUGAACCUGUGCAGCCUCAGAGACGACCAUCGCACGCAAACUCAAUAGCAGCCAACUUUCAAAUUCCCAGGGCUGUGAAUGACAGCGGUGGCAGUUUGGGCGAGCUUGCAGCACAGAUCACCUGUCUUUUCUGGUUCGAACCAUCAGAGCUACUUCAGCAGGUUGAAGACAGUCCGAUCAACCUCCAGCCGACGAGACAACUGGCGUCUGACGCAAAGCCAACGACGGGCUUCAGAAAAUGGGUCGCUACAACCCUCACCACGACACAAGUUGCUCAGAACGUUGUAGUCCUGGCCCUACUGUUCAUCUACAGACUGAAGAAGCUGAAUCCGAAUGUGAGAGGAAAGCCAGGCAGUGAGUAUCGAUUACUCACUGUGGCACUCAUGCUGGGUAACAAGUUCUUGGACGAUAACACGUACACCAACAAAACCUGGGCUGAAGUGUCUGGAAUCAACGUGGGAGAGGUGCAUAUCAUGGAGGUCGAAUUUUUGAGUAAUAUGAAGUACAACCUCUUCACCUCGGAGCGAGAUUGGGCACGAUGGCAAGAACUUCUGGGCAAGUUUGCAUCGUUCUUCGAGAAGGCCUCAAGACCGCCACCACCACCACCAUCGAUUGCACCAAUUCUGCCUCCAGCAUCGUCAUUGCACCUACCAAUGGCUCUACCAUCACCUCCAGCAUCCACUCAAGCUUCACCUCCAUAUUUAGCAGAGCUGGCUCGAAAUGGAGGUGCUUACAGCAAUGGUCAGCACGGCCCAACGCCAGCACCCUCUCCACUGGGCCACCAGUUUGAUGCAAACGCAAGCUCUGCUCAGGCAGGAUCCAGGAAGCGAAGUCAUGACGACUACUCGAAUGAGCCACAUCCCAAGAGAAUUGCAACUGGUUACCCGAAUUACACCUCACCACAGCGCUACUCUACCAAGUCAGCGCAGCCAGCACAAGCUCAACCCGUACCUCGUCUUACUCUGCCGAGCCUCUCGAUUCCAACAUCUCAGCCCUCGACGAGUGCGUAUGCACAGCCGCCCAGCCAGGGACAGCAACUUCCUCCUUUGAACAUCCAAUCACGGGCCAUGGCAAUGGUCUAUCCAAAUGCGAGCUCAUCGAGCAUGUCUCAGCAAAUCCCGGCUCCAGCGGCACCUUCGAUGCAGCCGCAGUCACAGUACAGCUCGAGACAUCAAAGCCCAUAUGGAGGCUCUGGAGCAACAUCUCCCACCAACGGAUUGCCCCAAUCAGCAACAGCUCUGCACCCAACCACCCAGAUUUCACCAACAUACUUUCUGCAACAGAGGAACUCACCUUACCGCCCGGUUCACAACGUGUCGACGCUACUCUACCCACCUCCAUCGGGAGCGAUGCAGGCUCGACUACCAACAGUCGAACUCAACCGAAUGCAGUACCAGCCACUCGGCAAGCCAGUUCAACAUUCGGGCCGCCUCCCAUACGUUGCACAAAAUCUCUGGCUUGAUGGCAAUCAGCCGCAAGAGAUGACACCGAUCCACCAAUGGCCUGGAUUCCAGAACUCCCAGCAGCAAUCGCAUUUGGUUCCUCAACAACAAUGA